GGGGCCAUGCGGCUGCUGCGGUGCCUGGCGAAGCGGGCGGCGCUGGCCGGCGUGCCCACCUACAUCGAGCACUUCAGCAAGUUCUCGCCCUCGCCGCUCUCCAUGAAGCAGUUCCUGGACUUCGGCUCCAGCAACGCCUGUGAGAAGACGUCCUUCGCCUUCCUGCGCCAGGAGCUGCCCGUCCGCCUCUCCAACAUCAUGAAGGAGAUCAACCUGCUGCCCGACCGCGUGCUGCGCACCCCCUCCGUGCAGCUGGUGCAGAGCUGGUACGUCCAGAGCCUGCUGGACAUCAUGGAAUUCCUCGACAGGGACCCCGAGGACCAGGCCACCCUGGGACAGUUCACGGACGCGCUGGUCACCAUCCGCAACCGGCACAACGACGUGGUGCCCACCAUGGCGCAGGGCGUCAUCGAGUACAAGGAGGCCUACGGGGACGACCCCGUGUCCAACCAGAACAUCCAGUACUUCCUGGACCGCUUCUACCUGAGCCGCAUCUCCAUCCGCAUGCUCCUCAACCAGCACACUCUGCUCUUCGACGGCAGCACCAACCCYGCGCACCCCAAGCACAUCGGCAGCAUCGACCCGCACUGCGGCGUGGCCGACGUCGUGAGAGACGCCUACAACAUGGCCAAGCUGCUGUGUGACAAGUACUACAUGGCCUCGCCGGAGCUGCAGAUCGAGGAGGUGAACGCCAACCACCCCGAGCAGCCCAUCAGCAUCGUCUACGUGCCCUCGCACCUCUACCACAUGCUCUUCGAGCUGUUCAAGAACGCCAUGCGAGCCACGGUGGAGAGCCACGAGAGCAGCCCGCGGCUGCCGGCCAUCAAGGUGAUGGUGGCCCUGGGCCAGGAAGACCUCUCCAUCAAGAUGAGYGACCGGGGCAUGGGUGUCCCCCUGCGCAAAAUCGACCGGCUCUUCAGCUACCUGUACUCCACUGCRCCCACCCCGCAGCCGGGCACGGGGGGCGCCCCCCUGGCUGGCUUCGGCUACGGCUUGCCCAUCUCCCGCCUCUACGCCAAGUAUUUCCAGGGCGACCUGCAGCUCUACUCCAUGGAGGGCUUCGGCACCGACGCCGUCAUCUACCUGAAGGCGCUGUCCACGGACUCGGUGGAGCGGCUGCCCGUCUACAACAAGUCGGCGUGGCGGCACUACCAGGCGAGCCAGGAGGCGGGCGACUGGUGCGUGCCCAGCACGGAGCCCAAGAACACGUCCACCUACCGCGUGCCCUAGGCUGMGCUUUGCCCCCGGGGCGCUGGAGCCGCCCCCGCGCCAGGGGGUGGGCUGG